CGCACAUGUGCGCAUGCGUACAUGAUGUAUGUUACACCAUUUUGGAUCUUAGGGCUACUGGAGCUAGCUGUUGCUGUUAGCUUUCACAGUGCGUCGUUACGUUGAUCGGGUUUAUUUUCCCGCUUUAUUGUUAAAGUAGAACAAACAGAGACGUGUCCUGUGUUCGGUUCUGAUCCGGAAUCUGUCUUCGUCUGAGAAAUGGACGGAGAAGAGGACGACUUCAUGUCCGGGAGCCAUUCCGAUGACGGAGGUGGCACUCCAGUUCUGGAUGAACACCACGAGUCAGACGGCGAGGAGGUUAGGAGCGACAGACAUCAGUCUGAGGAUGAAGGCAGCAACGAUGAAGACACCCCCAACGCCAUGGAGACCAGUGGCGCAGCCAGCGGUUCUGACAACGAGGAUCAUCGAGGGGGGGGCAGCGACUCUGAGGGCGAGGCCCCGCAACGUCGCCAUGACGACGACAAAAGUGACUCAGAGGCGGAGGCUCCUCGGCACGCCGACAGCGACGAUGACUCCUCUCCUGUCAAACGCAGGAUGAGCGGGUCAGACAACGAAGAAGAGGAGUCAUCACCCGUCAAACACAGAGCUUCAGAUAACGAGGAGGGGGGAGGGUCCUCUCCUCCCAAAUGGAGGAGGAGCAGCUCGGACAUGGAGGAGGAGAAGCCCAAAGCUGCCGCAGACAGCAACUCAGAAAAUGAGGACGCCAAACCGGCUGUGUCUCCUGACCGGCGGUCCAAUGCCAACAGUGACUCUGACACAGAGACACCUGCCAGACGCAAGGCAGCACAGAUAGACUCUGAGGAAGAGGAGAAGCAGGAGGAAGCUCAGGGAGGAGGAGGUGGAGGAAAGUGGAAGUCUGUGAUGCAGUCUGACAGUGAGGAGGAAGAGGAGGCGGGAAGGAGGAGGAAGGCUGCAACAGCAAGUGAUGGAGAGCAGCAGGAGGGGGAGGAGCAGAAGGAUGAAAGUGACGAUGAAGACGAGAAGCCAGUGAAGAGGAAGAAGGCCAUCCUGUCCGACAGCGAGGACGAGGACGAGGACAAGGCAGACAAACAAGCGGUGAAGAGGAGCCGGGCGAUGUCAGACGAUGAGAACUCGGACAGCGACGGAGUGCCCGGCGGGCCCGAUAAGAGCCUGGCAGCCAAACUGAGAGAGCUCGGCUCGGACAGUGGCAGCGACGACGACGACAGGACGAAGGCGGCAGAGGGGAAGAAGGAUGAGAAGGCACUGUUCGGCAGCGACAGCGAUUCUGGAGACGGAGACCAGGAGGAAGAGAAAAUGAUCGCAGACAUCUUUGGAGAGUCCGGAGACGAGGAGGAGGAGGAGUUCACAGGCUUCAACCAGGAGGACCUGGAGGACAAGAAGGAGUCCAAGAAGGAGACGCAGGAGCAGAUGGAGGAGUCCGACUCUGAUGACGGAGUGGACCGCAGCGGCCAAGAUACCAGCUUCAUGUCGGACUUUGACAUCAUGCUGGCGAAGAGAAAAGCCAUGAACAGUAAGAGGAGGCGUCACCGUGACGGCGGGACGUUCAUCAGCGAUGCCGACGACGUGGUCAGCGCCAUGAUCUCCAAGAUGACUGAGGCCGCCGAGGAGGAUCGAACUCUGAACAGUCAGAAGAAACCAGCGCUGAAGAAACUCACCCUGCUGCCACAAGUCGUCAUGCACCUGAAGAAACAGGACCUGAAGGAGACGUUCAUCGACAGCGGCGUGAUGUCGGCCAUCAAGGAGUGGAUCAGCCCGCUGCCGGACAAAUCACUGCCUGCUCUGAGGAUCAGGGAGGAGCUGCUCCGGAUCCUGCAGGAGCUGCCCAGUGUGAGUCAGGAGACUCUGAAGCACAGCGGUAUCGGCCGGGCCGUCAUGUUCCUCUACAAACACCCCAAAGAGUCUCGGAACAACAAAGACCUCGCUCUCAAGCUCAUCAACGAGUGGUCGCGGCCCAUCUUUGGCCUCACGUCCAACUACAAGGGGAUGACGAGGGAGGAGCGCCAGCAGAGAGACCUGGACCAGCAGAUGCCUCAGAGACGACGACUCAGUUCUGGAGGUCAGACGCCUCGCAGAGACCUGGAGAAGCAGCUGACCGGAGAGGAGAAAGCCCUGCGACCCGGUGACCCUGGUUUCUGUGCUCGAGCUCGGGUGCCGAUGCCCUCCAACAAAGACUACGUGGUCCGACCCAAGUGGAAUGUAGAGGUGGAGUCCAACAGGGGUCCGUUAAAGAAGGGGAUGUCUCGAGUGGAUAAACAGAUGCGUAGAAUUGCUGACAUCCGCCGCCUGACGAAGCCGGGUCACGCUGUUAAAAUCAGUGUGGAAGGAAACCGGAUGCCGCUCUGAUUUUAACCUCCAUAGGAUUUAUUCACUUUAUUUUUUUUUUUCUUUUUAAUGUGUUGCUCCUGAACAAUCCCACAUUUCUCCUCCCUCCUCAGGUCCAGAUCUGCCUUACUGAAGGGCUGAGGUCACUGAGACUGAAGUCAGAAUGUAAAUAUCUGCAGUAAACUGAAGUUACAACAGCUCACAGCAUCAGCUUUGUUGUUCACAUUAGCUCCAAACCAACUGGAUCCUCAGGUUUGACUCAUCUGAGAACUUUGUUUGUCACCAUGAUUGCUAACAUUGUUAACAGUCACUUUACUUGGUGGUAAGGCUAAUGCUAAAUGUCAGUAACAUUAGCUAAUGCUAAUGUUAACUUGUGUUGUGAUUUAGCUGCUAGCUGCUAACGUUUACAGUCGGCUGUUAGCUGGGUCAGUAUUGUGACUGUAGCCGUCAGCUGUAUGUUGUAAAGGUUUAAUCCUCAUGAAUCGGUCUUUAAAGUAACGAGCUCCAUGAAUUAUCGCUCUUCAUCCUGUUGGUUUGGACAGAAAUCCGAUCUGAAGAUCAUUCUGGUGACAUUUGAGGUUUUUUUCCAACAAGUUUUAAGUUUGUCAGAACCUUCUUAUCAUGUUUCAGAACAAACUCCUCCUCACACCCGCUUUGUUUUAAUGUGAAGGUGUUUUGCUACCAGGUAGGCCAGACCUCCUCUUCCUCUUCCUCCUCUUCCUCUUCCUCUUCCUCCUCCUCCUCCUCCUCCUCCUCCUCAGUCCAUUUUGUCCCCUCUCUGCUCCCAUAGCGGCUGUACAGAAGUCUGUAAACUGUCUGCAGGUCUGAUUGUGUGAAUCAGCCCGUCCGUCUGCACUGUUCUGGAUCAGAUGAUACUUUUCUUAAUAAAGAUUCAACAGAAAACAUGAA